CUGAACGAAGUGCGAUUCAUCAGAGUGAAAAUUGUGAUUACGUGCCGUCGUGUGCAUUAAUUGAAAAUUAUAUCGAUUAACCUUGCUCAGAACCAACCUAAAACAGUUUCAUUUCAUAGCUGACGAUUUUUGACGCCGAAUAAACUAGAAGUUUGCUCUGAAAAUUCGCGAAAUGGUGAAGAAAUUUUGAGUUGAAAUUUCUUUUUUUGCCAAUCUGGCUUGUUCCGUUGAUUGCUUGCUGUGCAAGAAGAUUAAGGUGUGAGACGAAAGCCGAUUGAAGAGCGCUUCGUGAGAGUGUGUUGGUGAAAGCGACGAAGCAGCACUGCGUUGUUGACAACACUACUAGAAUCGUAAACAAACUAUUUUCGAAGAUGUCGGAAAGAUACACUCACCAGCUAUUGAAGGUAGUGGUUGCCCAGGUAUGCCAGACUAUCGGUUGGCAUUCGAUCCAAUCGACCCCGCUGGAGCUGAUGAUGGAUAUACUGGAUCAGUACCUGAGGGAUAUAACCCGGUUAACUCAUCGUUAUUCGGAACUGUACAAUCGAACGGAUCCCAAUUUAGAUGAUGUGGCUCUGGCCUACCGGGAUAUCGGCAUUAACUUGGGCGACCUACAGGAGUACCUGCAGUUUGUGGAUCCCAUCGCCAGACCGUUCGAGGUGCCCAAGUAUCCGUUGCCGAAGGAAACGCAUUUGAAUUUUAUGAAACCUGGUAGUAAGGAAGUUCUAACCCGACCGGUACACAUCCCUGAGCAUAUGCCUCCGAUGUUAGUCGAUUCGGAGGAGGAAAAAGAAGAAGAUUAUCGAAGGCAGCGCCUCCGAGCUCAGCUGCUUGAAGAGGAGGAGCAAGCAACGGUAGAGGAAGUGAAACCGGACGUAGACGAAUUUGUUGAGAAGUUUGAGGAAGUAGGUGCUGAGGAGGUUGCGAUGAUGGAAACCGGUCCAAAUGAAGAGGUUGUUACUUUCAAGCGGCCACCGGAAUUUGUUACUGAAGGAGGACAAGAGGCUAAGAAGCCCCGAACUUUGCCGGAUGAAGGGAGACCAACGAGGGAGAUAAGUAGUGUCAUUAUGACAACGUCGGGUUUUAUUUCACCGGCUCGGGAAGGAAAAUUGCCGGAUUCGAAGGUACCCGAAAUACCAGAAGAGAAACCAAAACCUGCACCUCCACCACCUCCCCCGCCUGUGACGACUGUGCUUCCAGUAUCCAAAAUGGACGAUAAGUUUGCGAAAAAGGGUAGAAAGAAACCGGUUGAAAAAGAGAAAAAGAAAGACAAAAAGGUGGAGAAGAAAAAGGAAGGUGGUGAAAAGGAAGCUGCUAGUAGACCAGCAACUCCAGCAGCUGUUCCCGUAGCUGAAGUGAAACCUUUGCUUGUAGAUACAGAAGAUGUGAAACCAGUUUUAGCUACUCUGGAUCCACCGCCAAAACCGCCAACCCCUGUACCGGAUAUUAAACCACCAGAACCGUUGUUGCCACCUCCGGAAAUAGAGAAACCAGCACUGCCUGUAACCCCCGUGAAACCGACGGCUAAAGUGAAGAAAGAAAGAGUACCACGAAAAAAGAAGCAACAACAACCGAAACAGAAGUCUCCGGUUUCUGCGAUGCCAAUGAAUCCGGCUAUGAACAUGGGAGGGUUGUUUUCUCCUCAGAAUCCUCCACUGCUAAUGAAUCAAAUCACUCCCCCAAAACCACCGAAACCCAAGCGCCCCAAGCUCACAAAAAAACAAAUUCAGCAACAAUAUAUGGAUCAACUGCAACAGUUUCAAGCUCCUCUAAAUGCACAAAGUAUUCUGGAAAUGUUUUCACCUGGGAAGAAACCUCUACCGGGACUAUUUCAACCAUCUAUGUUUCCUCCCCCGCAGCAACUGAUGAUGCAGAAACCAAAUUUCUCGGAACAUCCUGCCCAAACUCAGCUGGACAUUUUGCAGAAGCUCCACCCAAGUCUGGAGAUAACACCAUCUCCUGGUCCAUCUACCGCUGGACCCGCCGGACUACACAGUACUUCUCCCGAUAAACAUAAACUCAACAUUUUCAAGAAGGUAGCAAAAAAGGAACCAUCCCCGGUGCCAACUACCCAAGGACCAAUAAUUAUCAUCGACGACGAUAAGAGUCCGCCUCAUCAGCCUCAAUUUCCGACUACGCCUAUGGCCAAAAAGAGACUCCCAAAAACGUCCACUGCUGGUGUCUUUCCAUUUCAGGAUACACUGUCCUCUCCGGAUCUGCCCUUUAAUAUCAGUAUGAACUCCGGCGAACAUUCUGGCAUAGGACUGAUGUCGUCAUUCUCUCGAGAAUUUUCACCUCCCAAAACGCCUUCCAAUAUGCCCAAAACCCCGGACAUAAAGCUGCAGUCCAGUUCUAGCUCCAGUGCCUCCUGGAUGAGUGAUUCUGGCAAGCUAAAUACCGGACCUGGACCACUUUUCGGCGAUUUUCCAAACUUCGGGCUUCCCGCUCCGAAGGAGGAGAAAAAGAAACGCCAACGACAAAAGCAACCAAGAGCUCCAAAUCCUAAAAAAGCGAAGAAUAAUCAACUCAUGAGCGAUUUCAAUCUAUUACAACAGUUCCAACAUCAACAGUCCUCUCAGCAACAGUUGCCUCCGGUGUCGACAUCAUCUAUCGACAAGAAACCACUCCAGGAUGCAGUUUCAUCAUACGCUAAACUGUUAAAUCAAGCAAUGCCACCGGCAUUCCUGUCCUCCCAGGUACGGAACCCAAUGUUUGGAAUGUUUCCACUGCCAUCCGGCCCAGGCCUCAUCCCAGAGAAUCCACUCUUUAACUCAUUUCCCGGACAACCGUCGUUCCUUCCGACGGGACCAUUUGGAAUGCCACCAAUGCCGCCACGAUUCGACAUUGGUAAUCUUCUGCGCUAUCCACGUCCCCCGAAAGCCCAACCUGUGGACAAUUACGACAAUCUAGAUCCGGAAACAAAGCUCGCACACACUCCGUUGGAUCUACAGAAAAGCACCUGCAAUGUGGCUCCGCUCGUGCCACCAUCGCUUCAGAUUGAUCCAAUGCCCGUCAAGUCAUCAGUAGGAAGCCGCAAACAAGUUUCGCCAGCAGUCAAAGAACGUCAAAAUAUUACACAGAUACAACAACAACGUCAACAUACAAUUCAACCUCCACCGCAGGAGCACUCUCUGAACCUUUCCACCAAAACCGCCAUUCUGACAAAUCAAACGACCGUUCAGAAACCUCCGAUCGUCAAAGCAAUCCAUCCGGAGGUACGUCAACCAGUUGUAGCUGCCCUACCGCCACAAAAACCGGAGCCACCUCCGACUCAGACUCCGAUGUUGAACAUCGCCACAGCAGCACAAUUACAACAGUUAGCCCCGUUGCCUCCCAACGUGCUUCCCAUAGCUCCGGGUGAAACCAUCAUCAUCGGGUCCGAUUCCGAUACAAACAGUCAAUCGACGGUGACGAUGACCGCCAUGGGUCUCGACGAGGCUGGUAAAAAGGACAAAACCGAAAAACGCAAAAGCAAGGAGCACAAAAAGGACAGGAAGCUGAAGGAGGGUAAAAUCAAGAAGAAGAAGGACAAGAAAGAUAAGAACAGAAGUAAAGAUCGUGACCGCGAGAGACCAAAAUCUUCUCACUCGUUCCACCCGGACGGUGCGAUAGAACCAAUCCCAAGCGACAUCGUUAGUGCCCCGGUUGAGGAACUGAACCCCCAGCAGGAGCAGUUCCGCAGAAAGGAGAAAAAAGAGAAAAAGAAGGAAAAACUUAAAAAAGAGAAACGGAAGGAGAAGGAACGUGUGGCGGCUGCUGCCCUGGAAGCAGCUUCCUUUUCCGAUCAUCACCGUAGCAGUUUCGGUUUAGGUUCAACGUCCGCUGCUGGAACUACAACAGCGAGCAGUUCGGAUCAGCGUGAUCAUAGCGACGGAUCGACCGCAUCGGUACCGAAGCUUAUGUUGAAACUUGGUUCCAGUGCGAAUCCGUCGCCGCGAUCUAACACGCCGGAUGUUACCCCCUUGGAUGUUGGGGUGGUCAAAGAGGAAAAGGUAGAAGUCAAACGUGAAGCAUCGCCAGAGCUAGCUCGUAUUUCGGCACUAGUGACGAGGCCCCCAAAACUGAAAGCACCUCCGAACAAAGGUAAAAUCAAGGAGGAAGAAGGAGGAAAAUUAUCAAAAUUAGUAGAUCAUUCUGGUAAGGCAGCAGGUAAGCCGGAUCUGAGUGCAGAUGUGGCAACCAAACCUCGACCACGUGGUAUUCAAGCACUACCAGAUUCAAUCGAUCUGUUCUCGGUUACUCCCACCCACAAUCCGUCUACUGUUCAAUCAAACAAAGCUUCGUCGGUACCUUCAUCGUCGGCAUCAACGUCGUCAGCUGUCGGCGUCUCUGGAGAUCAAAUGCCACAUUCAGCGAAAAAGCAACCGAAGGAAUCGAAAACAUCAUCUAAGUCACAUGGCAGCAUCAGCAGUAGCUCGGCCUCAGUCAGUCUCGGGGUCACAAUUCCAGCCCCACUCAGUGCAUCGGUCAACGUGAAAGAUGCCGAUGGCAACGUAGUCUGGAUCUGUCCGGCCUGUGGCCGUGUUGACGAUGGAACACCGAUGAUCGGUUGUGAUGGCUGCGAUGCCUGGUAUCACUGGGUUUGCGUCGGUAUUCAGGUUCCGCCCGAUUCCAACGAGGACUGGUACUGCCGGGUAUGUAUCGGUAAGAAGCAGGAAUCGCACGGUGACGAGAAGCAGAGGAAGCGAAAGAAGAAGGACAAGCGAAAUCCCAAAGAGUAGAGCAGAGUGCGGGUGGGAAUGAAUGGUCUUGUUGUUGGAAUGCUUGCGUUUCUUUUCUUCUAUAUGUAGCAUAUUAGUAACUUAAUUCCACUGAUUUUAAAUCAAUAACUAAAUUGAUGUACGAUGUUGUAAUGAACGCAAGGUUGCGGGAGAAAACGACAUUUGAGAAACAAUAAAAACAAUCGUUAAUGCAAUA